UUGCCUCAACAUUUAACUCAGAAAUACAGCUACCUCUUAAUCAAACACAAUACACACGAAGCAAGUAGUUUUUAAGAACCCUGAUAUGACGGACUACAGUGUUGCCAAUUUCAAGGACUACCAAGAGUACCUCCGCUCCUUCACCGUCGUCCAGGACUUCCGAUAUCUGCCCUGCCACAAAACAGUCACAACACUUGCAAAGCUCGGUUAUCGCGAGAACCGGACUUUCUACGAGGAGGAUGAGUUCCAUAAUGCAAAGAAGCAAGUGGAACAGCUGCUGAACCCCACAGUUUCAGCCAUUAUAUACUACAGUCAGUAUUUCAAAGGAACCGACAAGGCUCUUAGGGCCUUGGCCCAACGGGAACACCUUAAUGUCCAACAAGAGAUAUCCACCAUAAUAUUUCUGGAGAUAAGCGGCCGAAGUGGCUUCUCCCAAUCGGGCUACAUAGACUUCGAGUCCAGUCUCCGUAACUAUCGCUUCAAAGGACCAAACGCUGUCGACUGGAAGGCAAUCUUUGAGGAGAGGAAACUGUUGCGACCUCAGCAGACCGAUAUCGUUUUCUACGACUGGAGAACCAGAAAAAUCUUUGCCAAUGGCAACGACAACUACACGGUGGUGGCGUCCAAUCCGGAAUAUGGCCUUAUGUUUGCCCAUAAAGGCGAUCACAAGAACAUACCGGUGACCACCAAGAAGAAUCCCUUCAGUGCCAAUGUAAGGCGCUACCAGAUCAAGUCUGAUUUGUAUGGAUUCAUGAUAUUGUACGAUCACCAUGUCCGUAAGAAGACCUAGCUGUAUUCAAGAGUUGAGUUUAUUUUACAAGCAUUAAAUAUAGUUUUAAAUAGCUAAAA